GAGCAAAUGUUAUAUAAUUCACUUCCUUUUUCCAUUUUCCUUUGGUUCUUAUGCAUACAAACAGAGUGUAGGCCGCAGCCAUUUCACACGCUUACUCUCUCUCUCUCUCUCUAACCCACCACUCACCACUGAAUCUCCCGUAAUUCAUUAAGAUAGAUCGAUAUCCACCACCCAUCCUCCCUCAUGAACCCUCCGGAGUUCUUCUCCGGCGGUGGAGACGCCACUGGCAGUCCCAACAGACCCUCCCCCCGGAAAGAACUGCAGGGCCCACGUCCCACAGCUCUCAAAGUCAACAAAGACUCCUACAAGAUCAAGAAGCCACCAGUUGCGCCGCCGCCCCACAACAACCCACCACCAUCGACCGCCCACGCCCACUCCGCCGCCCCGCAGCAGGCUGCCGAGGAUCGGAAGCCGGUCAUAAUCUACUCGGUUUCUCCCAAAGUCAUCCACACCACCGUCAGCGACUUCAUGGACCUGGUGCAACGCCUCACCGGCAACAGCGCCGACGACGGUACCUCCUCCUCAGCUGCCGGACCUGGGGACAUCUCUCCCGCGGCCAGAUUGGCUUCCAUAGAGAAAACAAGCCCGGCUAAGGACAGAGAAAUCACUGCCAACAUCUUUACUGACAACAACAAUAACAACAACAACAGCAAUUUCUUGGGUGAUCUUCUCCAGACCAGCACUGACGUGGAAUUGGGGAGAGUUCCCGGAAUACUAUCGCCGGCGCCGUGGAGUUUGCAACCCAUAUCGCCGGGAUUCUUCUCGCCGACGCCGGACCCGUUUAUGAUGGGGUACAACAUGUUCAUUCCGAGCCCAUCGACCUGGUUUUCAGUUCCAAUGGUGUCGCCCUCACCCUCUUCUUCUUCAUGUGAUCUCUUCAACCCAUUCUUUGACUUUUAGCUGGCAAAUGGAAAUGGAAUUGAAUUGUCUUAUUUUUCCCACUUUCUUUUUCCUAAUUAAUUAUAAUAAUUGAUGUCUUUUAGUUGAAUUUUCUAGAGAGAGAAAAUGUGGGGUUUGUGGAGAAAUUGGGAGUAGGAAAUGGGAAGGAAAAAUCAUGAACAUCAGCAACACAGAAAGAGUGAGUGUUGAAUCUUGAAAAUGAUUUCCCCAACUUGGGUUUGAAUAAUAUAGCAAUUUGUAUGAUGUUAUGUAAUUUCCAAGAAGUUGUAGUUUAGUGUAGUGUGGAGUUAGGGACUUUGGGUAUUCUUUUGCUCUAUAAAGGGGAUGUUUGGUUGUCCCUAAUUGAAUUUUUUAUUCUUGCAUAUUAUUCCAUUUAA